AUGUAUAGAAGAAUUUCAAAUAGAAUUAAAUGGAACAAAAAUGAAGAGAAUAAAAACUUAUAUGAUAUAUAUAUGUAUAAUAAAAAAUACACAAAUUUAAAUAAAAAUACUAUAAAUAACAUUAAAAAAAAUAAUAUUAUUUUAAAUGCACAUGGUAACAUAAAAGAUGGAAAACAGGGCUUAUAUAAUAAAGAAAGUAAAACAAUUUUAAAAAAAAAAAGAGCAAAUAAUGAUACCAAACAUUUAAGCACUAUUAAUAAAAAAAUAGCUAUUUCAAAUAUUUCUGUUGGAACGAAAAACGAGCCUGAAUAUAAUAAAAAAUUAUUUUUAAAUAAAGAAUAUAAUGCAAAAAAAAUUUCAAAAAAUGCGAUAAAUGAUAAUAUAAAAAUAAAAUUUAAUGAUGUAAUUUUAAAUCACAAUUGUUUUCAUGAAGAUAAUCCUAUUUUAAUUUGUAGUGACGAAAAUAAAAUAAAAAAAAAAUACAGUGCAAAGAAUAAAGUAAAUAGUAUAAUAAAUUAUUAUGAUUCUUCUUUAAAAAAAAUUUGCAAUAUAAAUGAAAGUAACAAAAAUAUUUAUGAAAAUAAAAAUACCAUUAAUAAUGCAUUAAUAAAUAAUUAUGAUGAUAAAAAGAGUGUGCAAAAUGAUGCACUAAAUAAAAUACGUAAAAUAAAUGAAGAAUUAAAAAAUAAAAAUUUUAAUAUGGAAAAAGUAAAUAAAAAUAGAUUAUCAGUAAGAAACAACAAUAAUAAAAAUUCUUUAGAAAAUAUAAAUGAAUAUCCUAUAACGUCUAAAAAUAUAUAUGAUAGUAUAUAUAUACCUCAAAUAAAUAUAAAAAACAUAAUUAACAGUGAUAAUAAUAAUAAUAAUAAUGAUGGUAACACAAAAAAGGGAGAAAAUAAUAACAAUAAUUUAAUUAAUACAUUAAAUGCAUAUUCAAAUGUGAAAGUGGCAGUUCGUAUAAAGCCAAUAGAUGACUCAGAAGAAAAUAUUGUUUCUAUUUUUAACAAAAAUUAUGUACUUAUAGAAAAAGAAAAUGAAAAAGAGUGUUAUUUGCUAUCUCAAAAAAAAAAGCAAGCAACGUAUGUAUUUGAUGUUGUUUUUGAUGUAAACUCUACUCAAGAAGAAGUAUUUUUUCAUACAGCUAAACCGUUAAUACCUCAUGUUUUUAAAGGUAUUAAUUGUACUGUUUUUGCUUAUGGUGCAACAGGGUCAGGUAAAACUUAUACAAUGCUUGAUGAUAAAAAUCAAAAUGGAAUAGUUCAAUUAUCUCUUUUAGAAUUAUUUACAAUUAUAAAAGAAGAAAAAUGUAGAAAUAUAAAAAUAGUUAUGAGUUUUCUAGAAGUGUAUAAUGAAACUAUUAGAGAUUUAUUAGGAAAAGAAAAAAAUAAAACUCUAGAAGUUCAAGAAGAUGUAGCAGAAGUAAAAGUAAGCAAUUUAUGUGAAAUUGAAGUUAAAAGUUAUGAACAAGCAAUGUUAUUAAUAAUUGAAGGAGUUAAAAAUAGAAAAAUGUCUCCUACUAGAGCAAAUAAAGUAUCAAGCAGAUCUCACGCAAUUUUACAAAUAUAUGUUUUUAAUGAAAUAUUAGAUAGCAGUAUGAACAUAAUAAAUUAUAAGGCAAAAUUAUGCUUUGUUGAUUUAGCUGGUUCUGAGAGAGCUAGUGCUACUUCUAAUAAAGGAGAUCGGUUUAAGGAAGGAUCGUAUAUUAAUCAAUCCUUAUUAGCUUUAGCAAAUUGUAUAAAUUCACUAGCAUCAAAUAGAAAUAUGUCAAAAGUAAGAGUCAAAUAUAGAGAUAGCAAAUUAACUCAUUUGUUAAAAAAUUCUUUGGAAGGAAAUUGUUUAGUUGUUAUGAUAGCUAAUAUUAAUCCUUCUAGAAAAUCUUUUCAAGAGUCUAAUAAUACUCUUAAAUAUGCAUUCCGAGCGAGAAAUAUAAAAUUAUGCGCUACUGUUCAAACAAAUGAUAAUAAAGAAAGUGAUAUAGAAAAAAUAUUAAAAAAAAAUGAUAUGUUACAAAAAGAAUAUGAUUCUUUAUUGAACAAAUAUAAGCUUUUAAGGGAUUUUUAUUCCGAAUUAAAAAUUUUAUUUCAAUUAUAUAAAAACGCACUUUCAUGUUAUCAACGAAAAGAAAAUUGUUCUGAUAAUUUAUAUAUAUUAGAAUUAAAGCAAGAAAUUUCUAUAUAUGAGCAACUUAUAAAAAUAAAAUUAGGUGAAUCAAAAAAAAAAAUAACUAAUCUAAAUGAUAAUGAGGAAAAAAAAUUUAUCAAUAUUUUUGAUUCAUUUAUUAAUAAAAAUUUAGAUUAUUUUAUACAUAAUAACUUUAAUAUUUUAAAUGAGUUAGAUGAUGAAAAAAAGACUUUAUUAGAUGAUAAAUUCUUAAAAAAUAAAGAUAUUAAAAUAAAAGAAAAUGCAUUUGAAGGAAAAAAUAAUUAUACAAAUAGUAAACUAAGAAUUAUAUCUAAUGAUGAUCAAAUUAACAAUGAAUUAAAUCAUAUCAUAAAAAAUACAGAUAUUUUCUUAAACGAUAACUUAAAAGGAAUCAAAAGUAAUAUGCUAAAUAAUCAUUACAUCAGUAAUGAAGCAGAUAUAAUAAAUAAUAGUAACACAAUAGAUAGUGAGAGCUAUUGUGAUGACAAUUUAAAAAAUGUAAAUAAUAUAAAUGAGAAUAAAGAAAUUAAAAGUGAAGUAUAUAUGAACAAGAAUUUGAAAAUAUGUGAAAAUAAAGAGGAUUAUAUAAACUCUAUAAAAAAUUCUAGUAUAAAUAUUAUUAAUGAAAAAAAAGAACAAUUUCAGUGUAUUCAUAAUAAUUUAACGAAUAUGCAAAAUUCCAUUUUAUAUAGUACUAUUAAUAAACAAAUAGAAAAUACUCCAUAUUUUUCUAAAGUGAAAAAUAAUAGUAAUGAACUAUUGAUGAAAAGUAAUUUAAACACAGAAAAUUUUAUUUUAAAUGAGAAUAUAAAUAAUAAAACCAUGAUCAAUGAAUUUACAAAUAUUGAAAACAUUAGUAAUAAAAUUAUAGAUGAUGAAAACAUUAGUAAUAAAAUUAUAGAUAAUCAAGACAUAACUAACAAAAUUGUAAAUAAUGAAAACAUUAAUGAAAAUAUAUAUAAUGGAAAUAUUAUUAAUGAAAUUAUAAGUAAUGAUAACACAAACAGUCAUAAUACUUUAAGUGAAAAUAUAAAUAAAGGUAAUAUAUGUAAAAUGUAUGAAUUAAGUGAAGAUAAUUUUAAGGAAAGUAAAGAACUUCAUGAUAUAUGUGUAAUAGAUAAAAAUAAAAUGGAGAAUAAUAAUGUAGAUUUAUGUAACAAAAUGAAUGAUACAAUUACGAAUAAUAAUGUUGUUAAUUUUAUUAAGAAAAAAGAUAGUAAACAGUAUAAUAAUAAUAAUAAUAAUAAAUUAAAAGAAUGUAAGAGAAAGAUAAAUAUAUUUGAUGAAAAUAUAAAACAUGAACAUAAUGAAAAUAGUACUUUAAUAGUUAAAAAAAAAAGAAUUAAAAAUAAAAUAUAA